CAGGUCCUCCUCCUCCUCCUCUUCCUCCCUCCCUACCGUCUCCUCUCCGUGUGGCAUUGUUCCCGACGAAAUUACAACCAAAUAGGAGCUUUUAUUUGAUUCAUCCAACUGUUUUUUUUUUUUUUUCUUACCCCUGUUGUUGUUUUCUUUUUUUUCUCCCCGGCGCGUAAUCGUUGUCGUGCCAGCGUUCACUGAAGAGGAAGGAGGAGCUGGAAAGCUAAUUUAGAAACGAGUAUUUCAAAAAAGACAAGCGAUAAAGACAAUUUAUUUUCAAUCAUGGGAUUAUUACAAAUAUUUCUGAUUUGGUAAUUUAUUUUUUGUGGACUAUAUAGCGGUUGGGGCAGUUUUUUUGUUGGGAUUUUUUGAAUUUUUCGGACUACAGCGUUAGUUACGUGAGACCCCAUCCGCAAUUACGCAGAAUUUGAGAAACUAUUUUCAAUUAUGGGAUUAUUUCGAAGCUUUUAUUCAUUUUUUGUUGAAUAUAUAGCGGUUGGGACAUUUUUUUAGUUGAGUAUUUUGGAGUACGCAGCGUAAAUUUGGAGUUUAUCCGUAAUUACGCGCAGCUUGACGAAGAAAGUGAAGUUAAUUUUUGAGAGUUUAUUAUCAUUUUUUUGGGUCUGUUUCAUCAUGUCGACGCGGAAACGCAACGGAGACACGGUAGCGGACGUCCCCCAUCACCGACCGGGGGACGUCCAGCGCGCGGCGAGCCCGGACAGCCGGAGUCCCAGCGGCGGCGGCGGCGGAGGAGCAGGAGCAGGAGGGGGGGACAUGUACGGGGAGUUCCAAAAGUGGUGCCUGCGGACCUACGGGGACUCCGGGAAGACCAAGACCGUGACCAGGCGUAAAUACAACAAGAUCCUGCAAACUCUGCUCCAGGGAGAAGAGGAGAAAACCAGCAACAACAACAUCAACGCCAAAUUCAAGUUCUGGGUCAAGUCCAAGGGCUUCCAGGUGGGGACGGUGCCCGGCGAGAGGAGCGCGGAGUCGGACGGGCUGCUGCUCUACGUGCCCAUCAAGACGGCGGGUGCGGACGGCGUCUCUGGUGCUGAUCUCCCCCUGAAGCGCGUGGCCGUGGUGGAGGACUUCUUCGACAUCAUCUACUCCAUGCACGUGGAGAUCAGCCUGGACCCCGGCAAAGCCCCCAAACACGCCGGCCAGAAGAAGACCUACAAGGCCAUCGCAGAGACGUACGCGUUUCUUCCCCGUGAGGCCGUCACUCGAUUCCUCAUGAGCUGUGCCGAGUGUCAGAAGAGGAUGCACGUGAGCAGCGCACACGAACACAAAGAAAACGGUGUUGUGACUCGUCUCGUUGCCGAGGAGACGAUCGACUUCAACCUGCCCCUGACCACCACGUACAUGAAGCGCAUGAGGCUGAACUACACCGGCCACGGCAACAAGGAUGACAGUUCAGUGAGCAGUGAGGAGGAGGAGGCAGACAUGAGCGAGCCCACAUGGCUGACAGCGGACAGGGGCCCCGGGUCCGACCUGAGCCCCGGGAGCCGCACGGGGGACCGGAGGAGACACAGCAAGGACGACGACGAUGACUCGUCGUCCGAGAGCGGCAGUGGGAACGGCCUGCCCACUCUGACCCCGCCCACCUCCAUCGUCAGGGAAACGGAGGUCGUCAACGGCAACGGUCCCGCCCCUUUAGACUUCAGCGCGCCCACUUCCUCCUCGUCAUCCUGCGAGGAGCAGCAGCCUGUGGCCCCGCCCCCCUCCUCGGGGCGCCUGGCCCUCGGCUCCGCCCACUUACCCGUGACGGUGUCGGCCGCCGCCGCGGCCCUGCUGGGGGCGCUGCACCCCGCCGCGCCGGAGGAACUGCGCAGGAAGUACCCCCUGUCCGCCAAACCCCCACUGGCCUCGCACCCCGCCCUGCCCCCCCUGCCCCACAACGCACACGCCCCCGCCGCCCUCAGCCAAUCACACGCCUCCGAGCUCAGGCUGGAGCGCAACGCCAGGGAUUAUGGGAGCAAGUCUCCUCAGUACAGCUCCGGGGGAAGUUACGACAGCGUGAACAGCGUGAGCAGCGUGAAGAUGGACCUGUCCGCCGAGGACCUGACCAUGGGUCGCCACGGCAACCAGGCCACCCCCGACGACGACGACGACGAUCACGACGACCACGACGACACGGACAAGAUGAACGACGCCGAAGGAGUCGACCCCGAGAGACUCAAGGCCUUCAACAUGUUCGUGCGUCUCUUCGUGGACGAGAACCUGGAUCGCAUGGUGCCCAUCUCCAAACAGCCCAAGGAGAAGAUCCAGGCCAUCAUCGAGUCGUGCUCCAGACAGUUCCCCGAGUUCCAGGAGAGGGCGCGCAAACGCAUCCGCACCUACCUCAAGUCCUGCCGGCGCAUGAAGAAGAACGGCAUGGAGACCCGGCCCACGCCUCCUCACCUGACCUCGGCCAUGGCAGAGAACAUCCUGGCGGCGGCGUGUGAGAGCGAGUCCCGCAACGCCGCCAAGAGGAUGCGCCUGGAAACAUAUCACGAGGACCUCUCUCUGGAGAAGCCGUCCGCGGGGGCCCUGAGGGAGCCCGCGUCCUUGGCCCACUCCGCCUACUCUCUGGCCGCCUCCGCCUUCUCGUCCCAGGACAGUCAGCUCUACAUCAACGGGGCGGGGCUCAGCUACGGGUACCGCACCUACCCCACCGUGGGCACCAUCACGCACCCGGUCUCCCUCACCACCGCUCAGACCAACGGACCCACAGACCUCAGCAUGAAGUCUCUGUCCUCCACCCUGACCAACUCCCACGGCGCCAACAGCCUCGGGGGGCGGAGCAACAGCGGCGCGGCGGGAGGGGGCGGGGCUUCCACUCAGCUGAGCCAACCGGAGAUCACGGCCGUGCGUCAGCUGAUCGCCGGGUACCGGGAGUCCGCCGCGUUCCUCCUCCGCUCCGCCGACGAGCUGGAGAACCUCAUCCUCCAACAAAACUGAAGAUUUUCUGGACGGAUUUUGGGGAAUUUUACGUUUCUGUCUUUUUUUUUCCUCCUUACGACCGAGUGACGGAACAGGACCAAGAAGGAGCGAAUCAUUUUUAAUCAACGAAGAAAAAAAAAAAAUCCGCGAUCGAACUUUUGACGUCUCCUCUCGCCUCACAAUCAAAACUGCAUCGCGUCGCCGGGUGCAGAGAGGCGUUGUCGUGGAGAACGCGAUUUCUUAAUCAAAAACUUUUCACUGUGGAGGGCUUUGAUUGAC